AUGUAUACACUCAAGUCAUUGGUUCUCUCCGUGGCAAUUACCACGGCGGUUGAGGCCAGUGCGAUUCACCAGAGAGCGACUCCCACCCAGCCUAAUUGGUUCCAAACCUCGCCUGAUCUCUAUGCUGGCACUGUCGCGACCGGUGCUGCGCCUUUCCUCGCCGAAAGCAACCCUGCACCUUUCGGGGAUGCUACCUAUGUUCCCAAUGCUCCGCUGGAGACCUCGGAGCCCAUUCAGGGUGCGAAGGGGAGGAAUAUCUUUCACCUCAUGGGUGACCUGAGCCCUUACUUCUCGCCGCCCGAGGGCUUCGGGGUGAAUGAAUAUCCGUUGCCAAAGGGUGCGCACAUCACCCAAAUGCACAUGCUGCAACGUCACGGUGCGCGGUAUCCCUCUUCAUCAGAGGGCCUGGAUACUUGGAGUGCUGCAAUCGUCAAUGCAACCGCCAAGGGCCACGUCUUCUCCGGUAAGCUCGAGUUUCUCAAUCAGUGGUCCUACAAACUGGGCAAGGAGAUCCUGGUGCCGCAAGGCCGUCAGGAACUAUUCGAUGCUGGUGUUCUGAACUUCUACAAUUACGGCCAUCUGUACGGCAGUAGCAACAGCACCUCGAAGCUCGUGGUGCGCACGACCCUGCAGGCGCGGAUGCUCGAGAGCUGCGAGAAUUUCUUGGCCGGCUUCUUCGGGCUGAACUGGCGGGACCACGCCAACAUCCUGGCCACCAUCGACCCGGCGACCACCGGCGAGUCCGCGUGCACCAAGGCGUCGGAGACCAUGAUGGAAUCCAUCCAGAUCCCCGUGGGCACCUGGAUGGCCACCUAUCUGCAGGAGCGCACCGCCGAGCUGCGGCGUCUGACGGGGGCCUACAACUGGACGGUCACCGACACGUACCACGCGCAGGCGCUCUGCCCCUACGAGACCAUCAGCCUCGGCUACAGUGACUUCUGCCAGCUGUUCACGUACGAGGACUGGGAGAACUACGCCUACCUCAUGGACCUCGAGUUCGCGGGGCUCUCCGGCUUCCACAGCCCCACCGGCCGCGCGCAGGGCAUCGCCUUCGUGGAGGAAUUCCUGGCGCGCGUGGAGGGCCAUCUUCUGGAGGUGGGCGCGAACACCACCGGGGCCAAUCUGACGCUCGACACGAACCCCAUUACCUUCCCGCUCGACCAGAAGCUGUACCUAGAGUUCACCCACGAUGCCAACAUCGUCUCCGUGUUGACAGCCUUCGGUCUCACGCAAUUUGCCGAUCCCCUGCCUCUCACCGGGCCCACCAAGAAUCAGCAGUUCCACUCCAGCCGCAUCGUGCCCUUCGCGGGCCGUCUAAAUAUCGAGAUCAUCAGCGCGCCGCACAGGGUCUUGACCAAGCGGUCAUCGUCCAAGGCUACCAGCAAAAACGGCGACUAUGUGACCGGUAGCGGCCCGACCCAGUAUGUGCAUUUCAUUCAGAACCAGCGCACCAUCCCGCUCCACGCUAGCUUCGACGAGUGCGAGUACCGCGAGGACGGGUGGUGUGAGCUGUCGACCUUCCUGAAGAUCCAGCAGCAAAGUCUGGCGAGGGCGCAGUAUCAGUAUGCCUGCUUUGGGAACUGGACGAUGAAGGGGUGGGGCGCUGUCACAAACGGUGUUCCUGCGUAA